UAUUAAUUAAUUAUACCAAACUUAAAUGUUCAAAUGGUUAAUUCGUCGCUCGCUGCUUCCCAUUUUCUACACUCGCGCUCACACUAAACCUCCUUCAUCUUCUUCUCUCAAGCUCCUCCCGAGCGAGCGAGCGAUUCUUCGCUCUUCUUCAUCGCGUUUGCUAAAUCGUUUAGGUGAUCACUGAAAAUGGAGGAGGAAGGAGGAGACGGAGGGUCUCGUAAACGCGUGAAACCAUCUGAUGAAGAGGAGAAAGAAGGAGAGACGAGAGAUGGAAUGAGGCUUGAUGAGAAUGAGACGAAACUUGUUGCUUCUGAUGAGAUGGAACUUCGCAUUUCUCAAAUUCUCGACAAGAUUGAGAGCUUCACUCACACUGUUUCUAAUCUGCUGGAUUCAGGAAAGACGAUGUUCAAGGAACUGAGUAACGAAUUUGAAGAACGUUUGAUCAUGAUACACAAGGAACAUGUUGAGAAGUGGCAGGAGGAGAUCAAGGAGUUGCGUUUGCUUGAUGCAUCAAACGAGGAGACUACUUCCCUCUUGCACAACGCUCGCUUUCUGAUUCAGAAUCCUAACAUUGAGGCUUGAGGUAAUAAUCUAAAACCCAUAUAGGACGUACUUAUCAGCCAUUACUAAGUACAGAUUAUCUUCUGCCGAGUGGUUUAAGAACUGAUUAUAUAUACUAUUACCUUAGACCAACUAUAUAUGUUUGGUUGGGAAAUUUAGACUUGCCCAGUUUAAAAACUUAUAUGAUGUCUUGAAGGGAACAUAGAACAAUCUUAUCAUGAACCUUCUCGGAUUAAUUACUCCGCGACCAACCCAUUCAAAUUUUUUUACCUGAGACUCAGUCAUGAGGAUUUAAGAAAUUAGACAAGUAUCUGCAUAAUAUGCAUGUUGCUCUAUUGAGUCACCGAAUCUUCAGAAAUAAUAAUACUAUCAUAGCAUAUUUCUAGUUCCAUUAAAAUCCAGUGACUUCCCAUCCUCUUUACUGAUCUUUGAUGUUGUUUUUAGUUCUUGUUUUAACUCUACUGUUUUUAAGGAAACUGUAUACAACCUCUUUUUCCUGGUCGUACUACUAGUUUGUAAUCAUCAUCUACAUGUUUAGCUC